CCUGGAACGGAUUUUACCGCAUUAGAAAUCAAAACGUGAUCAGAACGGGAUCAGAACGGCAGUUUACCGCACUGGGAUUCCUUUUUCUUGAAACCGUUCUGAGAACGGUUUGCUAUAGCGCAUGCGUAUUAGAUCUUGUGGGCGGUUUACCAAUGACGUCGCCACUCUGUGGUUGUUUUGACCCGGAAGUCGUCCGAUGACUUCCUUGUGGGGUGUAAAGAUGGCGUCGGAGAAAGCAUUUUUUGAUCUUGUGAGCAUGGUAGAGAAAGAAGAAGAGCGAAGAAGGAGAAGAAUGAGUCGCAUUGCCAAAUCGCUUGUCCUCAUUUCGCGCCGGAGGGCUGCUUUGAGUAAGAUUGCAGUUAUGGCUGCCAGCGGCAAUCUAGAUAUAUCCAGUUGUCUGGCAUGGAUGGCGACCUGGCCUCGCAUCCCACGUUGGUGGCAACAACCCCGGGAGCGGACCAACUGGUGGAGUGACGAAGUCCUCCAGCGAUGGGAUAACGACAUGUGGGUUUCUAACUUCCGCAUGUCUAAAGAAACCCUUUUUGAUCUGGCUAACAUCUUAAGACCAGAGCUGGAGCGUGGGGAGUCUAGAUUCCGGAGUCCUAUCCCGGUGGAGAAGAGAGUGGCCCUAACUAUUUGGUGGCUCUCAAGCCCUCUGAUGUAUAGGAAGGCGGCUUCCCGUUUUGAGGUUGGAAUAUCCACAGCUGCAGAAAUUGCCAUCGAGGUGUGCCUUGCUAUGGAGAAGCUGCUGCUGAGGAAAACUAUCCAGCUUGGAAACUACCACACGAUUAUGGAUGGAUUUCAGAGAUUUGGAUUCCCACACUGCAUAGGAGCUAUUGAUGGCACUCAUAUCUCUGUUUGCCCACCGCUGGGACGCAGAGAGGAAUACAUCAACCGCAAGCAGGGAUUUUCAAUUGUUCUGCAAGCAACUACAGACCACAGUGGAAGGCUAAUCGACAUAGAAGUAGGGAAGUGUGGGAGGUCGCACGAUAGCCACAUCUUUAAAAAUUCCGCUAUCUGUGAAGUGAUGGAUGAAGGCUGUUUUGUGCCCGGAAAUCCCACCCUGCAUGUCCACGAUGUAGCCAUUCCACCACUGAUUAUAGGGGAUGGUGCCUACCCAAUCAGGAAAUGGCUAAUGACACCAUAUCGUGGAGAAUUAACACCUGACAAACUUGCUUAUAACACUGCCCAUUGUAAGGCAAGGUGCGUGGUGGAGAGAUGUUUUGCGCGAUUAAAAUCUAGGUGGGGUUGUCUUUCUGGUAGACUAACUGUGAAAGAGGAAAAUUUUAUCUCUGUGGUUACAGCAUGUGCCAUCCUGCACAAUAUUUGUGAGACAAGGGGAGAAGUCCUUGAUCCCGAUGUUGAACCACCUGCGAAAAUUGUCCUCCCUGCUUUCGCAAAUAACACCAGAGGACACUCUACCGAUCACAAAAAAGAGGGUCAAGCUGUAAGAUCUGCAGUAACUAGCAUUAUUUUGGGUCGGUAA